AUGGCUCUACAAUUAAUGGUUGCAAAUAAUGAUUUGUUUGCUUUAAAAGAACAAAGUAAUAUAUCACGGAGCAAACUCCUUAACACGAUUAAUGUUUUUCCAAAAGAGUAUGAAAUAACAUUUGAAGCUUGUUUCACUUCAUUUAUUUCUGAUAAUUCUUCAUGGUCAAACCUUUUAAACUUCAACACAGGAAACUCAAAUGACUAUAGUAACCGAACUAUAGGUAUAUUUUCCAACUCAAAUAGAGAUUUGGGUUUAUACGCAUCAAUUAAUAACAUUUCUUACAUUAAAAUUUUUGCAAAUGUUUUCUCGUUAGGAUGUAACCAAUACUCAAUUAGUCAGCAAUUAUUUCAAUACUAUAACUUUACUAUAACUAUAUCUGGAAAAAUUAUUUUUACAAUUAAAAACACCGGCGCAAAAGAAUUUACCAAUGUUAAAAUGUAUUUUUCCGACCCUUGGCACGACGAACAGCCGGGCUAUAUUAAGAAUCUUUUGGUAACAAAAGGAUGUUCAGAGUUGUUUACUUUAAUAAACAAGAGUGACAUACUUCAUAACAACCUUCUCCAAACAAUAACUAUUUUUCCAACAGAAUAUUAUAUUGAAUUUGAAGCCUGCUUAACUUCAUUUGCUUCUGGAAAAUCUUCAGUCUUAAAUUCAUUUGAUUCUGGAAACUCUUCAGUUGAGUCGUUCAACGUGUUUUAUUUCACUAAUAGUGAUAACAAUUUUUGCGUAGUAUGUAUGUGGUUUUCUCCAAAUGGUGAAAUGCAAUUAUCAGCACUAAUAAAUAGUACAUCUUAUAAUUUUACAACAAAGCCCUUUGAAUUAGGAUGCAAACAAUAUAAAAUAAGUCAGACUCUUUAUCAAAGAAAUUAUGUUUUUACUAUACUAGUUGAUGGAUGGACUCUUUCAACAGUCAAAAACGCAGCACCACAAGUGUUUAGCAAUGUACAAAUUUAUAUUUCCAAUCCGUGGACUGCAGCUCAACCGGGAUACACCAACAACUUUGUUAUAACAAGAAGAUGUUCAGAUUUGUUUUCUUUGAAAGAAGAUUAUUAUAUUGUCAAUAACAGCCUUUUUCAUACGAUUAAAAUUUUUCCUAAAGAGUAUGAAAUAACAUUUGAAACCUGUUUAACUUCAUUUACCUCCGGAAAUAAUUGGUCUUCGUUAUCCAACGUAUUUUUUUUCACUACUGGUGGUAAUGUUUCUUGUGUUUUAUGCAUGUGGUUUACUCCAAGUGGUAAAAUGUAUUUUUCAGCAACGAUAAAUCAUACAAUACACCAAUUAACAACUAAGCCAUUUGAGUUAGGAUGCAAAAAGUAUAAAAUAUACCAGGUACAGCAUCAUGGUUACUAUAUUUUAAGUAUAGAAGUUGAUGAGCUGAUUCUUUCAAGAGUCAAAAAUGUUGCUCCACAAGAGUUUACUAAUGUAAAAUUGUAUAUUUCUGAUCCGAGGUUUAUAGCACAGCCGGGCAUAAUAAGAAACUUAAUUAUACGAAGAGGAUGUUCAGAUUGCAACUUGUACUAUGAACCAUUUUUGAAUGUUACUUAUGACGGAAAUAUAUUUGGAAAUGUUUUGGAUAUCAACUUUGUUAUUAACUACAAUGAUCCAGUAGAAUCAGCCGUUAGAAUAACAUGGGAGUAUUACUUACCACCUUUUUUAAAUCUUCAAACAGAAGGUGCAUCAGAAGGUGUUGUAAAACUCAUUUCAAACAACCUUAAAUAUAAGAUUAUCAAAAUAAAUCAAGUUGGAGUCAAACAAAAUAUAACUGUCACAAUGGUUAGCAGUAGGUGUUUAUUUGGUGGAUCUUAUUCAAUUGUUGUACCAAUGAUAUUAUAUUUUGAAAAUGACGAAGGUAGAUCUUGGAAAUCAUUUAAAAAGCUAACAAAAUAUUAUAAUGAAAACUGCACAAGUAAUAUUAUGCCAACCGUUCCGAAUCAUGAGCCAGAGUAUUAUGGUAGAGGUAUUUACUGGGAUGAUGCAAGUUCUGAAUUGUAUCUAUGUAUAAACCAAUAUGUUACAACUUAUCAAAAUCCAGCUUGCUUUAUUACUCAAGAUAGUGGUGUGUUAUGGAAUGCAAUGGAUCAAAGCAUAGGAGCUGUUUUGGGCCAUGACGUUAUAAAUGGAGAGUUAUAUGCCAUACACAGAAGCCAGAGGUUGUAUUUAAAGUUUAAUAUUGUGUAUAAAAAAUGGUUAGCUGUAACAAAUGAUGAGUUUAAAAAAAACAUUUUCAACAAACUUAAUUGGAAACGGUUGAAAACAUUUGAAGAAAAUUUUGAUCAAGCUGUUACUUUUGGAACAACCCAAUGGAUGUUCAACGGAGUUGGGCUGUAUUUCCGAAAGUUCGGCGAGAGUAUAUGGAUACAAAGAAUAAAGUGGAAUGAGUAACAUUAUUGGCAAGUCUUAACAAGAAAAUGUUCUUAGAAUAUUUGGUUUAAAUAACAGUAUUUUUUGUUCCAUGUUUUUUUACUAACUUUUAAAAAGACAUUGAGUAAGUUAAAUUUAUAUUUGUAAAUAUAAUUAUAUGUAGCGGA